AUGGGAACUUGUUUUCGUGCUCUCCAAAUUCUUAUUUUGUAUUCUAUUGUAGACAAUGUCACAGAGACAAAGGAACGCUCUGAUAUUUCAUGCAAUGCUGAAAAUAUAGAAAUAUUCCUUCCUAAAAAUCUCCUCCCGGUGGCAUCAAAAGUUACCUGGUUAGAUCCAAACUGCAACAUUGCCAGCAACAGUACCCAUUACGUAUCUACCGUGAAACAUGGAGAAUGUGGAACAACGGUUAGCCUCACGGCAGACAAUGUUAUUUUUGAAAACGAAAUCAGAGCUAACCCUCUCUCAACAACAGAUCAUUUGUUGGACUUUGGAACCAAGCCAUACACGAUUCCGGUAAAAUGUAUAUAUCCCAGGAAGGAAAUGGCGUUAUCAUCAUAUAAGCCCGUUAAACAGCAGGUGCGAGUUUAUGAAAAGCGAUUUGGACAUCUGGAUAUAGAUAUGCGACAGUUUGAAACAGAUCAGUUUAGUCAUGCUCUUGACAACUCUACUAUUCCGAAACUAGAACUGAACUCCGAUACCUUUAUAAAAGUUGAACUGCAAAACUUUGGCUCUGCUGAUCUCGGAAUACACCUUGACACAUGCAUAGCAACAAAAACUCCCACGCCAUAUGAUAAUAUGUUUAUAAAAUUAAUUGAAAAUGGAUGCCCAAAAGUCAACUUUGUUCAUCUUCUUCCUUCCUCAGCCCUUGAGGCAAGGUUCAGUUUGAGGGCAUUCGAGUUUACGUCUAGUCAAUCUAACAUUGUCUACAUCCACUGUCAGGCUUCCGUGUGCCUGGCGAAUUCCUCUCAAUGUAACCCCGAUUGUUCAUCCAGCGAUCGAACGAAGCGUGACGUCAGCUCUGGCCCCUCCCACUUGCUGUCUAUGGGUCCUUUGGUGCUUUCUGUAGAAAGUGCUCCUUCUUCAAAUCUGAUCGCAAACAUCAUUGCAGGAGUGUCUGUCGCUUUUGCAGUAAUAGCCAUGGUGAUUGCCACAAAGGAAUGGCGAAAGAAAAGAACUGUAGUUGUCAGUGACAAAAGCUUGGGCAAAAUUGACUCUUAAAAGUUGUUUAGCAAAAUUGAUUGAAAAUGUUAGAGAUGCUUGAGCGUUGCAAUGAUAAGCUUUCUCAUAAAGUGAAUGUACAUAAUUACCGUAUGUAAGAUAAAGCAUAGAAGGAUUAUAUAAUGUAUUGAAUGCUAAUAUUCUUGAAAAAUUCUAAUAAGUAAAAUGUUAUCUUUGGAAGAUACCCGAAUAGUUUCCAAAAUUGUCAAUAUUAAAAUGAUCCUAAAUA